GCCUGCUCUGUGGGAGGGAGGCCGAUGGGGGACGCAGGGCACGUCGCUGUCAGCUGCCUGCACCCACAAAGUCCGCCCAGAGGAAGCACUUGGGCUAGGAACAUGGCGGCGUCCUCCAGCGGCCUGGGUGGCUUUUCCGGACUGGGGAUGGAUGCCGGGGACUUCCUGGCCAGGUACCGGCAGGUGUUGAACAAGCUGAAGAAGCGGUUCCUGCGGAAGCCGAACGUGGCGGAGGCCGGCGAGCAGUUCGCCCAGCUGGGCCGCGAGCUGCGCGCCCAGGAGUGCCUGCCCUACGCGGCCUGGUGCCAGCUGGCCGUGGCGCGCUGCCACCAGGCGCUGUUCCACGGGCCGGGGGAGGCCCUGGCGCUCACCGAGGCCGCCCGUCUCUUCCUGCAGCAGGAGCUCGAGGCGCGCCAGCGGCUCGCCUGCCCCGCCGCCUACGGGGAGCCCCUGCAGGCGGCCGCCAGCGCCCUGGGCGCCGCCGUGCGCCUGCACCUCGAGCUGGGCCAGCCGGUGGCCGCCGCCGCCCUCUGCCUGGAGCUGGCCGCCGCCCUGCGCGACCUGGGCCAGCCGGCCGCCGCCGCCGGCCACUUCCAGCGCGCCGCCCAGCUGCAGCUGUCGCAGCUGCCCCUGGCCGCGCUGCAGGCGCUCGGGGACGCCGCCUCCUGCCUGCUGCUGGCGCGCGACUACAACGGCGCCCUGGCCAUCUUCACGCGCAUGCAGCGCCUGGCGCAGGAGCACGGCAGCCACCCGGUGCCGCCGCCGCCGCCGCCGCCGCCGCUCCCGCUGCCGCCGCCACCGCAGGUACACGGACCCGGCGCGGCCCCCGCCCCGCCCGCCCUGCCGCUCCCUCCCCACGCCGCCGGCUCUGCGGCCGCGCCCUCCCCCGCCGUGCUGGGCGCCUUCUCGGACGUCCUGGUCCGCUGCGAGGUGUCCCGCGUGCUGCUGCUGCUGCUCCUGCAGCCGCCGCCCGCCAAGCUGCUCCCGGAGCACGCGCACACCCUGGAGAAGUACUCCUGGGAGGCUUUUGACAGCCAGGGCCAGGAGGGCAGCGGCCAGCUCCCCGAAGACCUCUUCCUGCUGCUCCAGUCCCUGGUCAUGGCCACCCACGAGAAGGACACGGAAGCCGUCAAGGCGCUGCAGGUGGAGAUGUGGCCGCUGCUGAGCGCCGAGCAGAACCACCUGCUUCACCUCGUGCUGCAAGAAACCGUCUCCCCCUCGGGACAGGGGAUCGGAUGACUCGCAUUAGCCUGGUGACUGCCUGCUGCCAGACCCCCGGCACCCGCCUCUGCAUUUGGAGGGAAAUAAAAGAUACUGAUCGCCGCCGUUCUACCUUUGUUAGCUUAUUCCUCUUGCCACCACAGAAAUCUCGUUGACUGAAAGUUACCUGUACCCCAAAGACUUCUUUCCAUAAUAGUGGGAGAAAAAAACAGUGUGAUGGGAUCGGAGCAGAGCACAUGGCUCGCUUCCCCAAAAACUGCAACAUAAAAAUGAGACUCCUUUUA